AUGGCGGACACGGAAGUUCAGCUUCCCGAGAGGAAGCACAGAAAAUCGGUCGCGUUCAGUGAAGGUACCACUAUCAUGGAUGCGAACGGGGCUAUCUCAGAGGCGAACCAUGGCACGAAGUCCACCGCUGAGAAACAUUCAGCCGGCAACGAUAAAGAAGUCGAUGAAGUGACGGAUCUUUUCAAGGGCUUAUCUAAAAAGAAGAAGUCUUCGAAAAAGAAGGAUACUGAAGCCGCAGCCGAUGCCGAAGAUGGGGCUGCUGACGCCGCGUUUGAUCCAUCCACCAUGAAAAAGAAGAAGAAAAGUAGCUCGAAAAAGAAGGCUGCUGAAGCCGGAGAUUUCGAUGCCAAACUCGCUGAAGCUGGCCUUGCCGCUGAAGAAGAGGCCGUCCCCGAGGAAAAGCCAUCUCCUGAACAGAUUGCUAAGGAUCUGGAAGCCGGAACUGGUAUUUGGGCUCACGCUGCCACGCAGCCUAUUCCUUACACUUUUCUCGUCACUCGUUUUUUCAGCCUUAUCCACAGCCACCAUCCAGAUCUGUUGGCUAGUGGGUCCAAGUCAUACAAGAUUCCUCCACCACAGUGCCUGCGUGAAGGUAACCGAAGGACCAUUUUCGCGAAUAUCGCAGAUAUCUGCAAGCGUAUGAAGAGAUCAGAGGAUCACGUCAUGCAGUUCUUAUUUGCUGAAUUGGGUACCAGCGGCUCCGUCGAUGGUAGCCGACGAUUAGUUAUCAAGGGUCGUUUCCAACAGAAACAGAUUGAGAACGUCUUGAGACGAUAUAUUGUUGAAUACGUCACUUGCAAGACCUGUCGCAGCCCAGACACAGAGCUUAACAAGGGAGAGAAUCGCCUGUAUUUCGUUACUUGCAACUCGUGUGGUAGUCGUCGUAGUGUUACGGCCAUUAAGACUGGUUUCCGUGGCCAGGUCGGAAGACGGAAGAGACAGCCGUAA